UAGACUCUCAGUAUCUGCUUCACGCGACAGCAGCAACAGGACAAGACUUGUCCAUCAACAAUUGUUGCGACACUCCUUCUUGUACUUGUCUUGUCUACGAGUCGAAUUCAUUAGCUCGUGGUAUUUAUUUCCUGCCUAAUGUUAUAAUAUUCCAUCAACUCAGCAGCCAUUCUCUGUUGAGCUUCUCGCAGCUGGGCUAUUUCGCCCCCCUCAUAACCACUGCUCUUCCGACGACUCUCAUCAAAUCAACACAAUGUUCGUCCGACAAACGAGGAGGAGCCUCGCUCUUCACAGGAGCACUGCUCUCCGAUCAAUUGGACUUCCUUCGAGAUCUUUACCAUCACACAUCACAGCAACGAACCUGGGACGAAGAUGUGUUGUUUCUCAGCCAUACCAACCCCGCAAGCGCCGAGGCUCAGAGUCUGGCCCUGGCCUCAACCAUGGAAGAAAUCUCGCGACAGCUGUCGACGAUUACAACUUUGGUCACAACCUUGGUGCUUUACACAACCAGCUUGCUAGCUCUGGUCUACAGCCUUUCCAGGCUCCCCCGCUUUCCUACUCCGACCUUCGUGCCCUCGACCCGACGUCUCUGUUGACAAUUCCAGAGCCAGCAGCACCUCGACAAUUCGGCAAGAUCAACAACAAGGGUGUUCCUGGUGAGAUCGAAGAGAUGAUUCCAGUCUUUGAUGCUUGUGUUCGCGUAGGCAAGCUUGAUCGAGCAUCUCUCGUUCUGAAGCGACUGAACUUGACUGGUUUGCUCCCUGGUGAAGAAAUGAUCAUUUUGCACAAUCAAUAUCUCCGCGCAUCCCUCGACCAACUUCGAACGAAUCCCGACCGAAAGCAAGCCGAACGACUCCACAAGUGGUACGAGCUGCAAAUAAGGAACCAGAAUGUACCACAAACCGCGGAGACAAUCGCAUGCAUGCUCAAGGCCUCACUGAUCUCAGAACGUGGAGCCCGCUUGGAACGACUCAUCAACCGUUACAUGAGCAUGGCUCCCGACGAGGCCGGUCUGCGAGUAUUGAGCAGAGCCGAUAUUCUCAGCGACCAAGACCUUGGUGUUAUUACCGAGAUCUGCCCUACUUACAGGGUCGAACCCGGAUCUGAGGAAGCCAGCUACGUUAGUCUGGCAAACGAAGAGGAGGGACUUGAGCUGGAGGACGACCUCAAUGAAGAGAUGACGGCGUUCGCGAGUGAAGAUUAUCCCGAGGUCCGUCCGACACCCCAACGAGGAGAGGGUUUGAACGCUUUACGACGAAAUCUAAACCUCAUGGCCGAACUCCAAAAUGUCGAUAUCUCAAAGCUGGAUCCUCUUGAGCAGCGUGAAUUCCAAAUACGUCUAGAAAAGGACUCCAUCGAUACCGCUAUUGAGAAAUGGCGAAACUCAAAGAAGAAGAUGGACAAGAUGGGUAUCAACACAGCUCUGAGUGUCAAGGCCGAGGAUAAGAGUCUUUCUGACUGCAUGCACCGCUGGCUUGAAGCCAUGGAGGCUCGAUUAAAACAGGAGAUCAUCAAAGUCGAGGAAUCUGAAGAUAAGGAAAUUAAGUCUGAAGAAGAUCUCGAGCGCUGCAUCUACGGUCCUAUCCUUCGAAUGGCAGACCCUACUCGACUGGCUGCAGUGACUAUUCUCACUUUGCUCAACAUCAGUGCAUUGCAGGGCGUUGAUAAGGGUGUGGUCAUUCAGCGCCUCCUCAACGACGUUUCUCGAGUAGCCCAGGAUGACAUUCAGACUCAGUUCAAGGAAAAGGCCGCAAAGGAACGUCGCCGGCUCCGCAAGGUCCAGUUCCUAGCACAGGAAAAAGACGCUCAAGCAGCUGAGUCGAAUGAGCCGAUAGCGGCGAAGGAGUCGACGGAAGCGAAUGCUUCUACCGAGGUGAAUGAGUCGACGGAGGCUGAUGCGUCUACCGAGACGAAUGUGCCGGUCCGGCAAGAGAUCAUCACUGAUGCCUAUCAGCCGACAGAAGCGAAAGAUCCUGUGUUAUCAUCAUGGUCUGUCCAAGUGAGGGCCCGCGUUGGGUCAAUUCUCUUGAAAUCUCUCAUCGAGACCGCCAAGAUUAAUGUGGUGAAGGAACAUCCUAUCUCAAGGGAACGAAUCAGCCAACUUCAACCUGCCUUUUCUCAUAUGCAGGCUCCCAAGAAGGGAAAGAAGGUCGGAAUGUUAACCAUCAACCCAGAGCUUGUCGAACGUUUGAAACGGGAACCCAUGGGUGAUUUCCUUGCUAAGCACCUCCCCAUGAUUGCCGAACCUCGACCAUGGACACGCAUUAAUGAAGGAGGCUUCUUAGUUAGCAAAGCCUCCUUGAUCCGUGUCAAGUCAGGAGACGUUGAGCAAAAACUUUACGCCAAUGCGGCUAUCAAGCGUGGUGACAUGGACCAAGUCUUCAAGGGCUUAGAUGUGCUGGGGAAAACGCCGUGGAGGGUCAACAACUCGGUUCUCGACGUGAUGAUCGAGGCCUGGAACAGCGGUGAUGCCAUCGCCAACAUGCCAGAGCUCACACCCGACCUUCAAAUACCAACAGAGCCCACAAACUCAGACCCUCUCCUUCGCCGGGCUUGGAUUCGAAACGUCAAGCAGGUCGAGAACGAGCGUGGGGCCCUUCAUUCACAACGAUGCUACAUGAACUUGCAAUUGGAGAUUGCUCGUGCGUUUCGCAAGCAAGUCAUUUACUUCCCUCACAACAUGGACUAUCGCGGCCGUGCCUAUCCCAUCCCGACAUACCUGAACCAUAUGGGAGCUGAUCACACACGUGCUCUCCUGAAAUUCGCCGAGGGGAAGAGACUUGGUGAGCAAGGUCUCCGAUGGCUCAAGAUCCACCUUGCCAAUGUGUACGGCUUCGACAAGGCCUCAUUCGACGAGCGAGAGGCAUUCGCCACCGACAACCUUGCCAACAUUACUGAGAGUGUCGAGAACCCGCUGAAUGGUAGUCGAUGGUGGUUGAAGGCUGAAGAUCCUUGGCAAUGCCUGGCUACUUGUUUCGAGCUGAAGGCCGCCUAUGAUCUCCCUGAUCCUACCGAAUUCGUCUCCAAUCUUCCAGUGCAUCAAGAUGGUACCUGCAACGGUCUCCAGCAUUACGCAGCACUUGGUGGUGAUACCUGGGGUGCUCAACAGGUCAACCUCAUGCCUGGCAGCCGACCUGCCGAUGUUUACUCGGCUGUCGCAAACCUCGUCAAGGAGUCGAUUGAGAAAGACGCCAACGCAGGUAGCCAGCUUGGAAAGAACUGUCUGGGUAAGAUCACCAGAAAGGUAGUGAAGCAAACUGUCAUGACCAACGUCUAUGGUGUCACAUUUGCUGGUGCCAAGCAACAAGUUUGCAAGCAGUUAGAUGCCCUCUACCCAGAGAUGUUCAAAGAGACUGGCAUCCCCAAUCUUGUGACCGCCACGUAUAUCGCGCAGCAUAUCUUCAAUGCUCUCGGAACCAUGUUUCGAGGUGCUCACGAUAUUCAAUACUGGCUUGGUGAGAUUGGCGCGCGUGUCUGCAAAGCCCUGACACCAGCCCAGCUCGAUCAGCUGCAGGAGGAGAAAGACAACAAGCCUGCUGCGAAGAAGACUGCCUCGGGCAAGAACAAGGAAUUGGAUGAGUUGACCUCACAGUUUCGAUCUACGGUGGUCUGGACUACGCCCUUGAGAAUGCCUGUUGUGCAGCCUUACCGAAAGUCUAUCACCAGAGAGAUCCGCACCUGUCUCCAGUCUAUCAGUUAUCCUACACAGGGUCAGACGGAGCCCGUGGAUCGCAGAAAGCAGCUUCAGGGAUUCCCCCCUAAUUUCAUCCAUUCACUGGAUGCCAGCCACAUGCUUCUCUCAGCACUCAAGUGCGACGAGCUCGGCUUGAAGUUCGCUGCCGUUCACGAUUCCUUCUGGACUCAUGCCGCCGAUGUGGACAUUCUGAGCGGAGUUUUGCGCGACGCUUUCAUCCGAAUCCACGAGGAGGACGUCGUCGGUCGAUUGGCGACCGAGUUCGAGGCUCGAUACAGGGGCUCGUUAUAUCUGGCCAACAUCCCUAGUUCAAGCCCUGCCGCCAUGAAGAUCAAGGAAUUCCGCAAGUCGAGCAAGCUCUCCCACAAGGAAGAAGUGUUGCUAGAACACAAGCGCAACACUCUCCUCCGGUCAGGCAACCCCUGGGACAUUGAGGCAGCAAAGAAGAUUAUCACGCCUGCCUCCAUCGUUGAGGAGAUGUCAGCCUCGCAGGAGGAGGACCCUGAGAUUAAGAAGGAGACUGAGGAUAUUGGCGGCCUCGGACACAUUCCUGAGUCGGAAGGCAACCUCUCAUCGGCGGUUGAGGAGGCUGUAAAGAAUAUGGAUCCUGCGGACGACAAGAUUGCUGAGAUGAGCCACAAGCUUCUUGAGCGUCUUAAGCAUACCAGUUUCGAGUACCGAGUUAUUCAGCCCAAGAAGGAUGUCAAGCAAAACUGGAAGAGGAUCACGCAUUUCUGGCGCCCGCUGACCUUCCCCGAUCUUCCCAAAAAGGGUGAUUUUGACGUAAAGCGACUGCGAGAAAGUCAGUAUUUCUUCUCCUGACUAACGGACCUCCUAAAGUCAUUAUUAUAAUGUAUCACUAUGAUGAAGACAGACAUGAGAAGGAGAAAUGAUUUGGGCGUUGUACAUUUGGCGUUUAGAGAUGGGGGAUUUUUUAUUCAUGAUAGCGAAGAACCAAAAAAGCAUUCGGAUAGAGGGAGUAUGUGGCGGCUGUUGGCUGCACUUUGUAUACCAUAGGAUGAGGAUGUAGAAUAUGUACUGUACAUUAGUGUUGGGGGUGAAAAGAGGUCACAUGGACUUGACGUCUAAACAAAUAAACAACACCAAGAUGUUCAAACAUUUAUGAGUUUCUUGAAAGUGCCAUCGACAUUGGUCUAUCACAUUUUUUGUUCUUCUACACUACUUGCAUCGUAACUUGGUGUUUAUCGCACAACAGCAUCCUUGAGGCUAGGGACAGUGCAGACACCACCACUCUCAGUAACAAGACGUCCACGACCAGUCUUUCCAAGCUGCUCAACAGCACCCGCAUCAAAAGCAACCUCAAGACCAUCAGUGGUGGUGAAACCAGGCUGGAAAGUCUCCCAGAUCUUCUUCUUGGGGUUAAGGACACCCUCGGGGCUACCCUCCCAGCCCUCGAACCAAACACGGUCGCCGGCCUUGGCACCCUCGGGAGGAGUGACGAGCUCAACGGGGCCCUUGUGGUCAUCGACCUCACCCUCCUUGAUCUUGGGGGACGCGGCGAGGACCAUGGCGCAGGACUUGAUGCCGCGCAUCUUGACGGGCUUGAGGUUGCAGACGACGACGACCUUGCGGCCCUGCAUGGACUCGAGAGGGACGAGGCCGUUGAGACCGGAGCAGACGGUGCGGCAGAUUUGACCCUCGUACUCAACGUAGUCCUCGUUGCCGGGCUUGUCACCGACAGCGAUGGUGGAGACGUAGAGGGAGUCGGCAUCUGGGUGGUUGAUGGCCUUGAGAAUGUGACCAACUCGGAGGUCAAUGAGAGCAGGGGAGAGAGGGGCAGCAGGGGCGGGGGCAGCCUUUUGCUUGGGAGCCUUCUCCUUCUUCUCCUUCUUAGGCUUAUCGGUAGCAAUCUUCUCCUUGGCAGUCUCAACAACCUCCUUGACCUUCUCCUUGGUACGAUCAACAAGCGAAGCCUCACCACCAGUGGCAGCGGCGGCAGCAGCUUCCUUCUUCUUCUUCUCCUUCUCAGCCUUGGCGUCAACGGGAGGCUUCACGUAGAGAACGUUAUCACGAUCAACCUGGACCUUGUUCUCAUCCUUGACAUCGAGACCGAACAGGGGAGAGUUCUGGACAAAGUCGACGUGGCGGACGAUGUGGGGAUGGCCCUUCUCGCCGGUUCGCUCCUCGGGAGUCCACUUGGCGACGACGGGCGCGAGGGUCUCGUAGAUGGCGACGUCGGCCUUGGAGGGCUUGCUGCCGAGGAGGGUGGAGCGGCUGGAGAGGUGGUUAUUGAGGGUCUCGAGGAUGGUGGACUUGUCCUCGGGGGACUUGAGACGCUCAGAGGUGGUGAGCCAUUGCUGGAUCUCAGCCUCCUCGGUGGGAGUAUAAGUCUGGGAAGCGAAGGAUGCCAUUCUGAAGGUUAUCAACGGUGAGAGGCUUCGGGGUGCCUGGCGGAGAAGUCGAAGGGCGAACAGGUUGGCUGUGAUGAGAGAUGAAGCUUCGUUAUAGCUUCACUCGAGAACUGAUGUUGAAGAGUGAGUAUGUGGCUCUACUGCAGCUUGGAUAGUGCCUUGAUAUUUUCUCUUGGUGGGGUGGAGG